AUGCAGGCUAAUAUCGAGGAUGAAGACAUCCUCUAUAAUCUAGCUUAUGAAUGUGAAGGCCUCUUCGCCCAGUUGCAAGAAACCUUCCAGACGACACAAUCCGAACACCCAACUAUCGAGUUAUGGGCCGAGUUUCAACAACGCUUUGCGAUAUGGGCAGCACAUAUCGGCGUUUUUGCUCGGAAGAGCCAAUGCUUGGAUACGAGACUCCGAAAUCAUCCAGAUCUUCUGGAUCUAGUUGCUCGGUUGUUGGAUAUUCUUCGCCGCAGCUUGCAACAGUGCACGAUCGAAACCUGUAACCAAGGAGAGAGAGAGGCGAUUCAAACGGCAACUCUGACAACAAUAGACGAUACCCUCACUCGACUGAAUCGCCUGGGGGUUACCAUUCGCCAAUCAGGCCGUGGCAAGUUCGAUAACAGAGCUAAGAAAUUCGCUGCAGGCCUUGAUCUAAGCUCAUUUACAUCUCUCUGUGCCAACGCCGUGCAAGUUUUAUAUCCUGGUGCCCACCAGUCUCUCAAAGCCUAUCUCAGCAAAUCAAUGACGGACAGAUAUGCAAAAAUGUUAUUUCUAGACUCUCGCCACAACAAGCUCAAGACCCGUCGAGAGCUUCGUAUCGGGCUGUCACCGAUUCACGAGGUACCCAAUGACGAAACACAAACCAGAACUGGCAUCACGAAGCUGGCAAUAACAAUAAAAAAUCCACUCAUACGUAUAUCAAGGCCUGUUGCAACUUCUCAGUCCGAUUUGUCUAGCGUCAAUAUGCACCGUAUUAGAAAUCGUCUCAGACCGCCCGAUGAAGCAUCGACGAGGUAUAACAAAACAUCGUCAAUCCAGGUAAAUCGGGGCAACUAUCCGCGACCGCCUGUCAAAAAUCAAGGUGGAAAUAUCGUCACCUGCCAGUGGUGUUCCGAACCACUUGGUGAACAACAGCUCUCGGAAAGCGCAUGGCGUACCCCGCAAGCCUUAUACUCACAUCUGGAAGACUCCCAUAUAAAUGAUUUCACAAACACACAACUUCAGGCCAUUUCACGACAGAGCAAGACAGAGCAGCCGAGAGCUUCAAACGAUUGUCUUUUAUGCUGUUUCGCUGUAGAAGAGCAAGCACACAAUGACGAGGCGAUAUUCCCCAAACGA